AUGGAGCAGGUUAAUCAGUUAAAAGAAAAGGGUAAUGCGGCAUUGGCAGCGUGUAAUUACCACGAAGCUAUUAGGCAUUAUACGGAAGCAAUUAAUUUAGAUCCGAAGAACCACGUUCUGUACAGCAACCGAUCAGCAGCUCACGCUAAAGCAGGAAAUUACGAAGCGGCUCUCGAUGAUGCCAACACAACUGUCUCACUUAAUUCUACAUGGAGUAAGGGAUAUUCUAGAAAAGGAAGUGCUUUAGCGUAUUUAGGGAGAUAUGAAGAAGCUAUAGCAGCUUACGAGAAAGGACUGGAACUAGAUCCUGGAAACCAACAAUUAGCUUCGGGACUUGCAGAAGUGAAGAAACAGAUGGAAAAUAGUAAAUUAAAUGCUGAAAAAUGGUUUGCCAAACUAAGAUCCAACCCCCAGACAAGGGAGUGGCUAAAAGAUCCAGAAUAUGUCAAAAUGGUUCAGAAAUUAGCAUUAGAUCCCUUCAACACAAAAUCACUUGAGGGUAAAAUGGAUGACCAGCGUAUUGUUACUACAAUUGGUGUAAUGCUGGGUGUAGACAUGGGAUCUGCCAUGGAUGUGGAUCCACCAGCUCCAGAGCCAAAAGCAACUCCACCACCAAAGAAAGAGGAGCCGCCCAAACCUAAAUAUGAAGACUUGCCAGAGAACCGUCGUCUAGCCUUACAAGAAAAAGAUCUGGGAAAUGAAUGUUAUAAGAAAAAAGACUUUGCAAAUGCAAUUCAACACUACCAAAAAGCUGUCGAACAUGACCCCACAGAUAUUACUUUCUACACAAAUAUAGCUGCAGUUUAUUUUGAACAGAAGGAUUACGAAAAAUGUAUUAAAGAAUGCGAGAAGGCAAUUGAUAUUGGUAGAGAAAAUAGAGCUGAUUUCAAACUAAUUGCCAAAGCGUUUACUAGAAUUGGUAAUGCAUAUAAGAAAAUGGAACAGUGGAAAUUAGCGAAGACAUAUUAUGAAAAGUCAAUGUCAGAACACCGAACUCCAGAAAUAAAGACCUUAUUAAGCGAGGUUGAACGGCGCAUCGUCGAGGAGGAGAAAAAGGCCUACAUUGACCCAGUUAAAGCUGAGCAAGAGAAGGAAUUGGGCAAUGAAUAUUUCAAGAAAGGUGACUACAGUACAGCAGUCAAACACUAUACUGAAGCGAUCAAGCGUAACCCAGACGAUCCCAAAUUGUACUCAAAUCGUGCCGCUUGUUAUACUAAACUAGCAGCCUUCGACCUCGGCCUCAAGGACUGCGAUCAGUGCUGCAAACUCGAUCCAAAAUUCAUCAAGGGCUGGAUCAGAAAGGGCAAGAUCUUACAGGGAAUGCAACAAGCAUCCAAAGCACUCACAGCAUAUCAGAAAGCGUUAGAACUGGACCCCAGUAAUGCAGAAGCAUUGGAAGGCUACCGAGCGUGUUCUACACAGCUCAACUCCAACCCAGAAGAGGUACGCAAGCGUGCGAUGGGAGACCCAGAAGUCCAAUCAAUUCUCGGCGAUCCAGCGAUGCGCUGCAUCCUCGAACAGAUGCAGCAGGACCCACACGCAUUGCAAGAUCAUCUUAAGAACCCGGAAAUUGCCGCUAAAAUACAGAAGCUUCUUGAAUCUGGACUCAUCGCUAUACACUAA